AUGCUGCUGCUGAUACUGCUGUUCGUGCUGCUGCUGGGGAUGAUGCUUAUACCGCUCAUUGUGCUGUUGCUAAUACAGCUCAUGUUUCUGCUGAUACUGUUCCACAUGCAGCCUCUGAUACUAAUCUUCAUGCUUCUCCUGACAAUGCUGCUCAUGGUGCUGCUGCUGCUGAUACACUUCAUCAUGCUGCGGCCGAAGCUGCUCCUCAUGCUACGGCUGACAGUGCCCCUGAUCAUGCUGCAGGUGCUGCUGCUGAUGCUGCUCCUCAUGCUGCUGAUGGUGCUGAUUCUUGUACUGCUAAUCAUGCUGCUGCUGGCACUGCUGCUGAUACAGCUGCUCCUGCUGCAGCUGAUACAGAUCCUCAUGCUGCUGCUGAUGCUGAUCCUCCUGUUGCUGCUAAACGCUCGUGCUCUUGCUGCUACUGAUACGAAUCCUCAAGCUGCUGCUGGUACUGCUGGUGCUGAGUUGCUAAUACAGCUCCUCAUGUUUCUGCUGAUACUCUUCCUAAUGCUGCCUCUGAUACUAAAGCUCAUGCUGCUGCUGACAAUGCUGAUCGUGGUGCUGCUGCUGCUGAUACACAUCAUCAUGCUGCGGCUGAGGCUGCUCUUCAUGCUGCAGCUGACACAGCCUCUGAUCAUGCUGCUGUUCCUCAUGUUUCUGCUGAUACUGUUCCUCAUGCUGCCUCUGAUAAUAAUCCUCAUGUGGCUGCUGACAAUGCUGCUCAUGGUGCUGCUGCUGCUGAUAAAAUUCAUCAUGCUGCGGCUGAAGCUGCUCCUCAUGCUACGGCUGACACUGCCCCUGAUCAUGCUGCUGAUACUGCUGCUGAUACUGCUUCUCAUGAUGCUGCUGCUCUUCAUGUUUCUGCUGAUACUGUUCCACAUGCAGCCUCUGAUACUAAUCCUCAUGCUGCUGCUGAGAAUGCUGCUCAUGGUUCUGCUGCUGCUGAUACACUUCAUCAUGCUGUUGCCGAACCUGCUCCUCAUGCUACGGCUGACACUGCCCUUGAUCAUGCCGCAGGUGUUGCUGCUGAUACUGCUCCUCAUGCUACUGAUGGUGCUGAUGCUUGUACUGCUACUCAUGCUGUUGCUAAUGUAG